AUGUCUGCCUCAACGACUAUCGCCACAUACCUGUUUACUCGACUGAAGCAACUCGGCGUCGGCGCAAUUCAUGGCGUUCCCGGUGACUACAACUUGGAUCUACUGGACUACGUGAAGCCAUCGGGACUCACCUGGGUUGGAAACGCGAAUGAGCUUAACGCGGCUUACGCGGCAGACGGAUAUGCAAGAAUCAAAGGUAUCGGCGCAGUCAUCACGACAUUUGGUGUUGGCGAACUUUCUGCGGUCAACGCUAUCGCCGGUGCCUAUGCAGAACUUUCUCCGGUUGUGCAUAUCGUUGGAACCCCAUCGAGAGCAUCUCAAGAUGCACGGCUGCUCAUCCAUCACACCUUUGCGGAUGGCGAUUAUGGUCGGUUCGCAAAGAUGCAGGAGUAUGUCACGGUGGCACAAACGUCACUAUGGGACUUUCGGACAGCAACUCAGCAGAUUGAUACUGUGUUGCAACAGUGCAUUCUGCACAGCCGCCCUGUUUAUAUCCAGAUCCCCAUGGAUCUUGUGGCUGUUAGCGUACCUGACGUGCAGCUGCAGACGCCUUUGAGCAGCGCAGACUACAAUGCGAGCACGAGUCCGGAAAGCGACGCAGUAUUGCAGAAGAUUCUCCAGAGUAUCUACGAAGCUAAGAGACCAAUCAUUAUUGCCGACGGCGAAUGUAGGCCAUUAGGGAUCGUCAAUGAUGUCCAGGCUCUCAUUGAUACAACUGGGUGGCCAACCUGGACGACAAACUUUGGCAAAGGACUCUACAACGAAACGAGAUCAAACUUCCACGGCAUCUACAAAGGAGACUCUUCGGAGCGACCUGACAAGGAAGUUAUCGAGAGCGCAGACUUAGUCCUCUUCUUUGGACCACACUUGAGUUCGAGCAACACGUAUGGUUUUACCACUUUCUCGAAUCUUAAGUCUUACAUCUUCGUCAAGGGAAACAAGGUGGAAAUUGGCUCUGACGUCUUUCGUGAUGUCUCAGCGUCGUUCGUCACAUCCGAGCUGGUCCACAACAUCAACCUCAAGAAGAUCGCCCAAUAUGAUCCCUAUCCCGUCCUCCACCGAGAUUCCCACUUGCCUUUGGAUGCCCUGGCGGGCGACUCGGGCCGAAUAUACCAGGACAAGCUAUGGCGCUCUGUCGCCAACAUCCUUCGCCCCGGGGACAUUGUACUUGGAGAGACUGGUACAGCAGGCUACGGUGUAAGAGAAAUGCACCUGCCGCCGCAUACAAGACUUUUCACUCCUGCGACCUGGCUCUCCAUUGGCUUUAUGCUACCGGCUGCGCAAGGUGCAGCGCUUGCCCAGCGUGAGAUGAUCGGGGAUUCGAACUAUCAUGGUCUGAAGCAAGGCCAAGCUCGUACGAUACUCUUCAUCGGUGAUGGAAGCUUCCAAAUGACGGCCCAAGAGUUAGCGACUAUUAUACGCCACAAUCUUGAUGUUGUGAUAUUCCUCAUCAACAACGAUGGGUACACCAUUGAGAGAUGUAUUCAUGGGCGUGGGCAGGAGUAUAACGACAUACCUACCUGGCGAUAUCUCCAGGCCCCUUACUUUUUUGGUGGAAGUAAAGAUACCUAUACCGCUGCUUGCAGUACUUGGACAGAAUUGUUUGAGGUUCUGGGUAUUGAACAGCUGAGUUUCGGCAGAGGACUCAAGAUGAUCGAAAUUUUCAUGGGACGUGAAGAUGUACCAAAGGGGCCACUUCUACGGUAUUUAGAAACACAGAGAAAACAGGAGACAUCGCCAUGA